AGUGGGGGAUGCUCGCGAGAGGAGUGGCGAGGGAGCGGAUAACAUCGUAGGGUGCGCUCCGCCCUGCGGCUGGCCCGCAAUAUGUCGGCCCUGGCGGUGGCGGCUGCUGCCGGGUUUGCAUGUAGGGGAAGCGGCCCCGGCUCCAGCUCUGGUUCUGGCUCUUCACGGGGCUUUUAUUUCAACACGGUGCUGUCGCUGUCCCGCUCGCUGGCCGUGCAGAGACCCGCUCCCCUGGAGAAGGUACAGAAGCUACUAUGUAUGUGUCCAGUGGAUUUCCAUGGGAUUUUCCAACUAGAUGAGCGCCGCAGAGAUGCUGUGAUUGCUUUGGGAAUUUUUCUCAUUGAGUCUGACCUUCAGCACAAAGAUAGUGUGGUUCCUUAUCUUCUCCGGCUUCUGAGAGGUCUUCCCAAAGUACAAUGGAUAGAAGAAAGCACUGCACGAAAAGGCAGAGGCAUGCUUCCAGUUGCAGAAAACUUCAGCUUCUGCUUGGUGACUUUGUUGUCAGAUGUUGCCUAUAGGGAUGCCACUCUUAGAGAACAGGUUUUAGAGGCAAUUCUGCAGGUGAUGCAGUUCCUGCUGGGAAUGUGCCAGUCCCCACAAAACCAGGAGAAAGAAUACUUGUGCAAAUAUGCAGUCCCGUGCCUGAUUGGAAUUUCACGAGCAUUUGGUCGCUACAGCAAUUCAGAAGAGUCUCUCCUCUCAAAGCUUUUCCCUAAAGCUCCUCCACAUUCCCUGAGAGUCCCGGAAGAACUUGAAGGAAUUCGCAGACGUUCUUUUAAUGAUUUUAGAUCAAUUCUUCCCAGCUCUCUGCUCACUGUCUGUCAAGAAGGAUCCUUAAAGAGAAAGACCAGCAGUGUGUCCAGCAUCUCACAGGUCAGUCCUGAACGUGGAAUUCCCCCUCCCAGCUCCCCUGGAGGAUCUGCCAUUCAUUACUUUGAAGGGUCCUACCUACCUGAUGGGAGUGCAUUGGACCCUGAUUAUUACUUCUCUACAAUCAGCUCUAGCUUCUCAGUUUCUCCUCUCUUUAAUGGUAUUAGUAACAAGGAAUUUGAUAUUCCACUGGAAAUGCUCCGCCAGCUGCUGCUCAUGGUGAAACAGAUUGUUGGGGAUUCUGUUCUCAAAAAUUUAGAUGCAGUUGUAGAUGAAGUUGCAGAGAUAAGUCCUAAUGCAGAUCCCUAUUAUAAAACAUUCAGUGACCCUCUUUACCUUGCCCAGUUUAAAAUGUUAAGAGACACGUUAUACUACAUGAAAGAUCUUCCAAACUCAUUUGUUAAGGAAAUCCAUGAUUUUGUGCUGGAACAGUUCAACAGCAGCCAGUUAGAGCUUCAGAAAAUCCUGCAUGAUGUAGAUCGGCUACACAAUGAACUGAGCCCUCUGAAAUUGCGUUGCCAGGCUAGUGCAGCCUGUGUGGAUCUCAUGGUGUGGGCUGUGAAAGAUGAGCAAGGUGCAGAAAACCUGUGCAUCAAGCUGUCGGAAAAGCUGCAGUCCAAGACCUCCAGCAAAGUCAUCAUUGCUCACUUGCCACUGCUGAUCUGCUGCUUGCAGGGUCUAGGUCGUUUGUGUGAGAGGUUCCCUGUUGUGGUUCAUUCUGUCACUCCGUCUUUGAGGGACUUCCUCGUUAUUCCUUCCCCAGUGCUAGUGAAACUUUACAAGUACCACAGCCAGUAUCACACAGUAGGUGGCAAUGACAUCAAAAUCAGCGUAACAAAUGAGCAUUCAGAGUCCACUCUAAAUGUCAUGCCUGGCAAGAAAAGUCAACCAUCCAUGUAUGAACAGCUUCGAGACAUUGCCAUAGACAACAUCUGCAGGUGCUUGAAAGCUGGCCUGACUAUAGACCCGGUGAUCGUUGAGGCUUUCCUAGCCAGUUUGUCUAACCGUCUGUACAUCUCACAGGAGAGUGACAAGGAAGCCCAUUUGAUUCCUGACCAUACAAUUCGAGCUCUGGGGCACAUUGCAGUGGCACUUAGGGACACUCCCAAAGUGAUGGAACCGAUCCUGCAGAUCCUGCAGCAGAAGUUCUGCCAACCACCAUCUCCACUUGACGUACUCAUCAUUGACCAGCUGGGCUGCUUAGUUAUCACUGGAAACCAAUAUAUUUACCAGGAGGUAUGGAAUCUAUUCCAGCAAAUCAGUGUAAAAGCAAGCUCAGUUGUUUACUCUGCCACUAAAGAUCAUAAGGAUCAUGGAUACAGACACUGUUCCUUAGCUGUCAUUAAUGCCUUGGCUAACAUAGCUGCUAACAUUCAGGGAGAACACCUUGUGGAUGAAUUACUAAUGAAUUUGCUGGAACUGUUUGUACAGCUUGGACUGGAAGGAAAGAGAGCCAGUGAGAGAGCAAGUGAAAAGGGGCCAGCACUAAAGGCCUCCAGUAGUGCAGGGAACCUGGGAGUACUUAUUCCUGUUAUUGCUGUGCUCACCAGACGUUUGCCGCCCAUCAAGGAGGCCAAACCCAGGUUACAGAAGCUCUUCCGUGACUUUUGGCUGUAUUCGGUGCUUAUGGGAUUUGCUGUAGAGGGAUCAGGUCUUUGGCCAGAAGAAUGGUAUGAAGGGGUAUGUGAGAUAGCCACUAAGUCUCCACUACUUACGUUUCCCAGCAAAGAACCUCUUCGAUCUGUCCUUCAGUACAACUCUGCCAUGAAAAAUGACACUGUGACUUCUGCUGAACUGAAUGAGUUACGGAGCACCAUCAUAAAUCUCUUGGAUCCUCCUCCAGAAGUGUCUGCUCUGAUCAAUAAGCUGGACUUCGCCAUGUCUACCUAUCUACUGUCUGUUUACCGUCUAGAGUACAUGAGGGUAUUACGUUCAACAGACCAAGAUCGCUUCCAAGUGAUGUUUUGCUAUUUUGAGGAUAAAGCUAUUCAAAAAGACAAAUCUGGGAUGAUGCAGUGUGUGAUAGCUGUUGCAGAUAAGGUGUUUGACGCUUUCCUUACAAUGAUGGCUGAUAAAGCCAAAACUAAAGAGAAUGAAGAGGAGCUGGAGAGACAUGCUCACUUUCUACUAGUGAAUUUUAACCACAUUCACAAGAGAAUCAGGAGGGUUGCAGACAAAUACUUAUCUGGUCUUGUAGAUAAGUUCCCUCAUUUACUGUGGAGUGGAACUGUGCUGAAGACCAUGUUAGAUAUCCUCCAGACACUGUCACUCUCUCUUAGUGCGGACAUUCACAAGGACCAACCAUACUAUGACAUUCCAGACACCCCGUACAGAAUCACUGUCCCUGAUACAUAUGAAUCCAGAGAGAGUAUAGUGAAGGACUUUGCUGCACGCUGUGGGAUGAUUCUUCAAGAAGCAAUGAAAUGGGCUCCUUCUGUCACAAAAUCCCACCUUCAGGAAUACCUAAACAAACAUCAGAAUUGGGUGUCAGGCUUGUCUCAGCACACCGGGCUGGCUAUGGCUACAGAAAGCAUUCUGCACUUUGCAGGCUACAACAGACAAAACACCACCCUGGGGGCAACCCAGCUAACUGAGAGACCAGCCUGUGUGAAGAAAGAUUACUCCAACUUUAUGUCUUCUCUUAACUUGCGCAAUCGCUAUGCCGGAGAGGUGGCUGGAAUGAUUCAUUUCUCAAAUGCUACAGGUCGGGUAUCUGACCUGAAUAAACUGAUGAUCAAGCAGCUAAAUGAUGCACUAGAACCAAGCCAGCCUGAACGCUACACUCAGGCCAUGUUUAUGUUGACUGCAAUGCUAAUAAGUAGCAAAGACUGUGACCCUCAGCUCCUGCAUCACUUGUGCUGGGGCCCCCUGCGAAUGUUUACUGAACAUGGCAUGGAAACAGCAAUUGCUUGCUGGGAGUGGCUACUUGCUGCUAAGAAUGGAAUAGAAGUACCGUUCAUGCGAGAAAUGGCAGGAGCCUGGCAAAUGACAGUGGAGCAGAAAUUUGGCCUGUUUUCCGCUGAGCAGAAAGAAGCAGAUCCAUUAGCUGCUUCAGAAGAGAGUCAGCCACGGCCUUGCCCUCCAGAGGUCACACCACAUUACAUCUGGAUAGAUUUUCUGGUGCAGAGAUUUGAAAUAGCCAAGUACUGCAGUUCUGAUCAGGUUGAGAUCUUCUCCAGCCUGUUGCAGCGAUCCCUAUCUCUGAAUAUUGGAGGGGCAGAGAGCAGUUUGAACCGACACGUGGCAGCUAUUGGACCCCGUUUCAAGUUGCUGACACUCGGGUUGUUUCUGCUGCAUGCUGAUGUCGUUCCAAAUGCAACCAUUCGCAAUGUCUUAAGAGAGAAGAUUUAUUCUACUGCCUUUGAUUACUUCAGUUAUCCCCCAAAGUUCCCCACACAAGGGGAGAAGAGGCUACGUGAAGAUAUCAGCAUAUUGAUCAAGUUUUGGACUGCCAUGUUCUCUGAUAAGAAGUAUUUAACAGCCAGCCAGCUGGUGCCUCCUGAUAAUCAAGACAACCGGAGUAACCUGGAUAUCACCGUUGGAUCUCGGCAGCAGGCCACACAGGGAUGGAUAAAUACUUACCCAUUGUCCAGUGGCAUGUCGACCAUCUCCAAAAAAUCAGGGAUGUCUAAGAAGACUAACAGAGGUACCCAGCUCCACAAAUACUACAUGAAACGGAGGACACUGCUGCUCUCAUUGCUGGCUACUGAGAUUGAGCGUUUGAUCACCUGGUACAACCCACUCUCCUCCCCUGAACUGGAGUUGGAUCAAACUGCAGAGAACACCGUGGCAAACUGGAGAUCUAAAUACAUCACUCUAACUGAGAAACAGUGGAAGGAUAAUGUGAAUUUGGCUUGGAGCAUUUCCCCUCAUCUUGCUGUGCAACUGCCUACCAGAUUUAAAAACACUGAAGCUAUUGGAACAGAAGUGACCCGCCUGGUUCGGUUGGACCCAGGAGCUGUUAGUGAUGUACCUGAAGCAAUAAAGUACCUGGUUACAUGGCACACAAUUGAUGCAGAUGCCCCUGAGCUUAGCCAUGUUCUGUGCUGGGCACCAACAGAUCCACCUACUGGCCUUUCAUAUUUUUCAAGCAUGUACCCACCUCAUCCUCUAACAGCUCAGUAUGGAGUUAAAGUCCUGCGGUCCUUCCCUCCGGAUGCCAUUUUAUUCUACAUUCCACAGAUUGUGCAAGCCCUUCGCUACGAUAAGAUGGGCUAUGUUAGGGAAUACAUCCUGUGGGCGGCUGCCAAAUCCCAGCUUUUGGCUCACCAGUUUAUCUGGAACAUGAAAACCAAUAUCUUCCUGGAUGAAGAGGGACACCAGAAAGAUCCUGACAUCGGGGAACUGCUGGAGCAGCUAGUAGAAGAGAUAACCAGUUCAUUAUCUGGGCCGGCCAAGGAGUUCUAUCAACGGGAAUUUGAUUUCUUUAAUAAAAUCACCAAUGUUUCAGCCAUCAUCAAGCCAUUCCCUAAAGGAGAUGAAAGAAAGAAAGCUUGUUUGAGUGCUCUGUCUGAGGUGAAAGUGCAGCCUGGCUGUUACUUGCCCAGCAAUCCUGAAGCGAUUGUUUUGGAUAUUGACUACAAGUCCGGAACUCCUAUGCAGAGUGCUGCAAAAGCACCAUACUUGGCCAAGUUCAAGGUUAAAUGGUGUGGAGUCAGUGAACUUGAAAAAGAAGGUCUGCGUUGUCGCUCUGACUCCAUAGACGAAAGUGGAGAAGAAGGGGUUGACAGUAAGAAAAUCUGUUGGCAGGCAGCUAUCUUUAAAGUGGGCGAUGACUGCAGACAGGACAUGUUAGCUUUACAAAUCAUUGAUCUCUUCAAGAAUAUAUUUCAGCUGGUAGGCCUGGACCUGUUUGUCUUCCCCUAUAGAGUGGUGGCCACAGCCCCAGGGUGUGGUGUUAUUGAAUGCAUUCCUGACUGCACCUCCCGUGACCAGCUGGGCAGGCAGACAGACUUCGGAAUGUAUGAUUACUUUACAAGACAAUAUGGAGACGAAUCAACCCUUGCUUUCCAAAAGGCUCGAUAUAAUUUCAUCCGCAGUAUGGCUGCCUAUAGCCUCCUACUGUUUCUGCUACAGAUUAAAGACAGACACAAUGGCAACAUCAUGCUGGACAAAAAGGGGCACAUCAUUCAUAUUGAUUUUGGUUUCAUGUUUGAAAGUUCACCUGGUGGAAAUCUGGGCUGGGAACCAGACAUCAAGCUGACGGAUGAGAUGGUCAUGAUAAUGGGAGGAAAAAUGGAGGCCACCCCUUUCAAGUGGUUCAUGGAGAUGUGUGUCAGGGGGUACCUAGCAGUCAGACCGUACAUGGAUGCUGUCGUCUCUCUGGUUACCCUGAUGUUGGAUACAGGGCUCCCCUGUUUCCGAGGGCAGACGAUCAAGUUGUUGAAGCAUAGGUUCAGCCCCAACAUGACGGAGCGGGAGGCAGCAAACUUCAUCAUUAAGAUCAUUCAGAGCUGCUUCCUCAGUAACAGGAGUAGGACAUAUGACAUGAUCCAGUACUACCAGAAUGAUAUUCCGUACUGAGAGACGAGGAGAAUUAGUCUGGGGAAAAUGAUACUCGUCACAUCCCAAUGCCUUUUCUCCAGACUAGUAAUAGGAACUGUUCAUUCGCGCUUCACUGUCUCCAGUGUCUCGUGUGCAUGUACACAUUUUACUGGACCCAGCAACAAUCAACAAAUCCAAUUAGUUUCUCUUUCUACUGGGAUAUACACUUUUUCUGUGGUUUUCUUGGAGUUGGCUGCAAUCAUAAAUGAACAUCCCCUUCUGGUUAUGAAUGUGUAAAUCCUCAGAGGUAAAGCUCAGAAGUACGGGAGUUUUUGUGCAAUGCAAGGAUUUUAUAGUGAGUUUAAAAAUCCUUAACACUCCACCCAGUAGAAUCCCCUGAAAGUGAAGGGUUUGAAGUUCUCUUUGGAGCAAUGAAGAAUUGUUGAUUUGCUCUAAUUAUACUGUAGAAAAGUAAUGAUAAUCAUCCAAGGUGGUGAUGUCUCUGCAUCUGUGUUAAGACUUUGCACUGUCUAUGGUCCCUGCUACAUGGUCAGUAUUUCAUAUGUACAUGAAGAAUGUAUUUUUUUCCCUUUUGUGUGUUUUAAAAAAAAAUAAAACUCUACUGAAGAUAUAUUUAAUCUAUAAAAUGUAAUAAAGAUCUUAGACUUAA